AUGGCUGAGGUCAAUAAUAAGCAUAAAAGAAAGGGCAGAAAAAACAAUAGGAAGAGAUUCCUCUGCUUCUUUGGGAGUUGUUUUGGAAUUUCCAGCAAAGUAUCUGCAGAUCAUGGUGGUAGAAAAUCGGUCAAAGAUUCUAAUGAAUAUAACUCCUUGGGUGAAAAAGCUGUGAAUGAUCAAAGGCUUACGUCGUUGUCGUCUGAAAUCAAAAGUUCGAACGGAGAAAUUCUUGUUAUAGAGGAGGCCGAGGCUCAUCAUCAGGAUGAUGAAACAAUUAUGCUUCUUGAUCCACCACCUACUGCCCAUCAAGUAUUAAUAAACCCCAAGAGCAAAAAUCUGGAUGAGUCGGCUGAUGUUGAAACUCCAGUGGAAGACAAUAAUGUAGGUCAAGAAAGACGGUGCAAAACGACGACGAAGCUAUCACAUGUUGUGCCGUUGCCGCUGCCAAGACCGAAGAAAGAGAAACCAACGACCGACGGAGGCAGCGAGAGUAAGAAUGGCAAUAAGUUAAUAAUGGCCGCCGAAUUUGACUCGGUUGUUGGUGCGCUUAUAAUAAUGGUUACAUUGAUAGUGAUGUUGAUUUGGGGUAAAAUUUGUGCCACUAUAUGCGCAGCUGCUUGGAUUUACUUCUUUCCUCGUUUUAGAGCAAACAUCAACAAAUCCUACAUAAUUAAACAUAAAUAUGAUAGGGAUCUUGUUAAUUUUGAUUCGUUGGGGGUACAAGAAAAAGGUGGCUUUACAAGGAUUAUUUGA